AGUAUUAUUAUUAUUUCCCCUACUUUCUCUCUGCCACCACCAUCACCCUUCUCAUUCCCUCUAUCCAUCACCAUGAACAACAACAAUAAUAAUAAUGAUGACGACAACUGGGUCAAAUCCGCCAUUGAUGACGUCAACCUCGUCGUUCACCUCCUCCUUAAACUCCGCCACCCAUCUCCGCCGCCACCCAAAACCUGGACCAUCCGUCAACGCCGUUCCCGACCACCACCACCACCUACAACCACCACCACCAACAAACCAUCCGCCACUAGAGCAAGCCCCACCACCCCACUGUCAUGGAGCGGCGCCACCUCCGUCAGCGGCGGCGGCGUUGAAGAGUCCAGCCGGCUAAUUCACGACGGCUCCGAAACAAGAUCUAAGGUUAUUCGGGCGAACGAAACAACCCCCACGAAGAGACCACGAAAAAAGAAGACACUGGUUGAACUUAAAGAGGACGAGAUGACAUUACUAAAGGAAAGAAAGCAACUAAAACGACAACUAGCUACCCUACAAGCCACAUUUCAGAAACAUAGAGAGGAGAAUGAAAGCUUGAAGAAGAUGAAGAAUGAUCUGAAAUCACAACAAGUGUUGGCGGUUUCUGAUUGCGUGGAAGAAGAGAAGAAUGACAGUUUUGUGCUCCCUGAUCUUAAUAUUCCAGCAGCAGGUGAAGAGUGCUGCUAAAAGUAGGCAUAGAAUAACAUGAGAGAGUAUAUUAUCAGCAAUAGAAAAUAAAUUCUAACGUUGAUGGGUAGAUCAAAAGUGUAAGUAGAGAAAACACAUUUGUUGUUCGUAUGGUUUCUUCGAUAUUCGAUCAAAGAUAUUAGAGGACGUAGAAAUCGUUUUACCUCUUGUAGAAGUUGAUUAUAUAUUCUUUUAUCACGUUUUUUUUACAAAUUUUCGGAUCAGAGAUAUGUUUACAAGUUGCUGCUGGAUAUUAAAGAUGAAGAAAACAUCUAGUUUACGUUUU